AUGGCUUCAGCCAAGAAAACAACAUGGCUUUUGCCCGAGCAAUAAUCCCAAUCUUGUCUCACCCUACACACAACGUCAAACGGGGAGGAGAGGCAUCGGUCGAAAAGGGAGGGAGCGAGAAACCAUACAAAAAACGCCAUUAACUCGCCGUGAUUCUAGCAACUUCCUUCUUCAGCUCCUCCCACCGCUUCUUCAUUCCUUUUAAGUCUGCGAGGGCGACCCUCUCUUCUUCUCCCUCUCCGGUCCCGUGUAGUUCUUGGUGAGUGCUACGUUGCUAGUGUGGGGUGUAGUGUAGCAGCAGCACUGCACGGGGAGGCUAAAGCACGGUAGUUCGUGUGGGUGGCAUGAGGGCUGGGGGGAUGCUGUGCCGGUCGCAGGCGGCGACGGCGGUCUGUGUGCCGGGGGACGCACGGUCUAUGGUCGUCGGGCGCCGCGCCGACCGGGCAACAAUCGCCGAAGACGCGCGCGUCUUGCACGACGUCAGGUACGUGCGCCUUGGCGGCGCCGGCGCUGGGUGCGACGGGCCCGGCGCCACGCGUGUCUCGUCCAGGCGGGUGGCGCCGCCCCCACCGCCGCCCAUGCCGAGGAGGCGCGGAGCGCCAGUGGCCGUGACGCUGCCGAUGGUGACCAAGAGCCCCGUGGAGACGCCGGCGCGGGACACGGCGGCGGCUAAGCGGGCACCCGCCGCGCCGACGGCGGCAGUGGCACCCGGAGACCAAAUCCUCCAAGUGGUCGUGAUGAAGGUGGCUAUACACUGCCAGGGAUGUGCAGGGAAAGUGAGGAAGCACAUCUCCAAAAUGGAAGGGGUGACGUCGUUCAGCAUCGAUCUGGAGAGCAAGAAGGUGACGGUGAUGGGUCACGUGUCCCCGGCGGGCGUCCUCGAGAGCAUCUCAAAGGUCAAGAAGGCUGAGCUGCUCAUGUGAAUCUUCUCAUCAUUCAUCCUACCCAGCAUAAAUUAUUGUUUGUACUAAAUGGCCCAUUGGCAAACUUAAUCCGUGUACCGACCCUCGGGGGAAAUACUAUAUUUUGAGAUCUAGUCCUUCAUGCUCGCUCCCAACAAAGGGGCGCGUAAAUUGCUUGUUCCCACGCCUUUCUCUAAGCCGUGUUUGACUUAUAUCCAUACACUUUCAUGGGUCGCGUCGCCGAUGUGGCACGGGCCGGAGACGGCAAGAACUGUAAGGCGCGAUACCUAUGUGAACACUUGGCUUUCAAUUGUGGACAUUGCGAGAUUUUUCAAAAGAUCUGGUUUUCUAGGUUC